AUGCAGAUGUGGGGCGCCAUUUCGGCCCUGGUCGUCGUGGCAGGCACCUUCCACCCGGCCGCCGCAGCAGAGGCGAACCCUCUGGGCAAAGUGCUCGAGCUUCUCAACAAGCUCUCCGAAAAGGUCACCACGGAGGGCGAGAGUGCGGACAAGGCCUACAACACGUACGUAGAGUGGUGCGACGACGCUGCCAGCGAGAAGCGCCACGAAAUCAAGUCCAGCACAUCGAAGAAGCAGAAGCUCGAGUCCUCGAUCGACAAGUUGUCCGCGGAUAUCACCAUCUGCGACAGCAAGAUCAACCAGCUUGCUGAAUCGGCGGCUUCAGCCAGCAAGGAUCGACCUCGACGCCGCCACUGCAAUCCGGAAGAAAGAGGCGGCGGAAUUCGAGUCGAACGAGGCGGAGCUCAUGGACACAGUGGACAGACACCUUGA